GACUGCGGUAGAAAAGAGCGAAAAUUCGUAUUUUCGCGCGGCGUAACAACUUCUGAAUGCGCGCUCUCUAGCGACGAAGCCGUGAAACAGCGCGUGCAUGUCUGAGGUUAUGUUCAUGUUUUUGUUUUGCUGCACAGUCGGCUUUUAAUUCACGAAAAUCCUAUUAUUUACCAUGAUUUUAGGAAUGCUUGUAUUUUGCCCGAAGAUUUUAAGUAAAUAGUUCUACUUAUCUGCUGUUGUUCUCUCAAGUUUGCUCGUGCAUUAAGGACCCUGGAUAACUCACAAUGAGUCAGUUCGCUAACUCUAAACUUUCUCCUCAUCACAACGUUGUCAAGGAUGAAAAAGGUUCUUUCAUUCCACCAACGCAAAGGCCAGAUGGAACAUGGCGAAAAGCAAUUCGUGUGAAAGAAGGUUAUGUUCCUCAGGAUGAAGUUCCUCUGUAUGAAAGUAAAGGCAAGCAAUGGGCCAGUCGAAACACACAGUUACCCUUUGGUCUCUCUCCAGUAUCAUCGCAACAAGAUUCAUCAAAGCCUUUUAUUCCUGGUCUUGUAAUUACUGAGGACACACCAAAAAAAAGCAAAUCGAAAAAGAAGAGCUUGGGAAGCAAGGAACAAAGUGCAGGCCAAGGGGAAAAGAAAAACGCACAAGCAAAAGAUAAGACUGCUAGUGAGAAAACUAACUCUCCAUCUCCGAACACUAAGUCAAAUAAGGCUAAAGAUAAAUCCGGAAACAACAAGAAGGAAGAAGUCCCAGCGGAGACAUCCGCGGAGCCAGUUGAUCUCAAAAAGAAAUUGAGAAACGUCAAGAAAAAGUUAAAAGAAAUCGAAGCCAUAGAGGAGAAAAUGAAGACUGGUGGCUCAAAGGCUGUUGAUGCUGAUCAAAGGAAGAAAGUGGCAACAAAAGCGCAAGUACUUCAAGAUAUUUUAGAACUUCAACAGUUGACCCUAAAUAGUUAAAAUUUCUGCCUGUGAUAUAUCAUUGUUAUGAAAACAUGGUGAAGAGUAUGAGCAUUCAUCAGCGCCAUUAAUAUCAAAAUGGAAAAUGUAGUUUGAUGCUGUCUGAUUGCUUACUGUAUAUUCUAUAAAUGAAGAGAUAUUACAUACACAUUUUUGCGGAUGCAGAAAUAUCUCCCUUCUUCAGAGCAUAUCAAUGGCAAAACAACAAAACGACAAAUGACUAUUUUCUGUCUUAUUUAACUCUUUUCAAUAAUGACAGAUCUCAGGUAGUACACACAUUUUUGUGGGAUCCCUCUCAAGAACAUUCUUUAGAAACAUUGUACAUAAACACUCUUCAAGUAGAAAAAUAGAUCAGGAGUGAAAAUUUUAAAACUUUUCAGUGGCGACUUAUGAUUUUGUUGUUUCACCAUUGAUAUUAUGUGUACAGUACAAGUCUUUUGGAAUGAGAAAUGCAAAAAUUAUAAAAUCAUUGCACAGACAAGAAAUAAGGAGAAAGUGUAAAUGACGCUGGGACUAAAUUUAAAGAUAUACUAUGACAGUGAAGGUCUAAGUAAUUUUUUAUAGUAUGUACGAUGACCAAUCAAACAGUGUUAUGGCCAAAAUUUAUUUUUCAUUCAUGUAAAAAUAAGAUGUGAAGUAUGACUUAAGUAAGUACUCUAAAAAUAUCUUUUCGCCAAUAUUUUUGUUCCUCUGACAAGGAGAGGCCUCUAUUCCCCAUGAGAUUUCGGCCAAUUUUUUCUCUAUUACAGUCUAAGGGCAACUAAUAAGCAUUGCUCAAGCUGUUUUCGCCAAUGGCCCCCUCAUACACCCAUUAAAAUCAAUUGAAAGGAAAGAUGCACUUGUCUAGUGACCAGACCCUUAAUACUGCGUUUGACUCAAAUCAGCCUUGUCAGUGGCAGUGACGCAGUGGUCAGGGACGCUUUCGCUCAACCAGUAUGAAGUUGUGUGGCGGAGGGUUUGAAUUUCAUUCUAAGAACAUAAGUUGUAUCAGUUUCCUCUGCACCAAUGUACGUAUAUUUUUCUUUUCUAUGUCAAUGCUGGGACUAGGAAACCUCGUAUCUUGAUUUGCAACGUUGUGAAUUUCUUGAUGUCUCUCUUUUUUCGCUCUAAACCUAAAGUAUUGAUUGAAGAAAAGCAAUUAUCAUUUUAUAAAAAUAAAACAGAAGCCAUUUCGAAACACCAAAAUGGAGGAACAUGUAACUCUACUUUCACCAUUGAUACCUUUCUCCCUCACAACGUUGUGUCUAUCACUUACAUUGUCAUAAGCAACAGUAUCCUUUAAGAGUUUAGACACAUUCAAUGAUGAAAGUAGAAAAAUACUUAAUUCAAAUGUGGUGUUUCAGAAUAUUUGCUUUUAUCUAAUUUUUACAAAAUCAUAAUUGCUCUUAUUCAGUUGAUCGUCAAUACAAAAGAAGAAACAUAAAAGUAAGCAAGACAUUUCCGAUGUCACAAAUCAAAAUACAAAGCUCCCUAGUCUCAACAUCAAUGUAAAAAAGAAGGGUAUAUCCAUAUAAAACAGAUAGGGAAUUAAAACCUCUAAAAAGUUAAAUUGUUUUCAGCAUGCUUUACAAUUUUGACCACUUGAGGCAAUAGACUGAUUUAGUGGCUA